CAAGGAUGCUAGUGAUCUUGCAUGCUCAUCUGUAGGUCCGAUCGUCCCAGAAGGUAAGCGUAGACUCACGUCAAGGUAGGUCAUCCCGCAUCUUUCGAUGAACAGGCUGAUUCCAAGUACAAUCCCAUUUUUAAGCGCCAAUACACCUGCUGUAUCCAAGCUAGAGUCACUGUUAUACGCAUCAUUACGCCCGCGUAUCACUGGAAUUCCAGACCCACCGCAAGCACAACAGGGCAUCAAUGUUCCAGGAGUCCGAAUUGCUAUUCUGUUUUCAGGCGGGCUCGACUGUUCGGUGCUAGCAAGGCUCGUUCAUGAUUUGCUACCAGCCAAUGAAGCGGUAGACUUGAUCAAUGUUGCAUUCGAGAAUCCUCGCGUGCACAAACUCGCUAGAGAUAAUCCGUAUGAGGCGUGCCCAGAUCGCAUCACUGGUCGAGCUUCAUUCGAUGAGUUAGCCACCGUCUGUUCCGAUAGACAAUGGCGUUUCUUAGCCGUCAAUGUGCCUUAUUCGGAAACACAACAGCAUCGCCCGGAGAUAGCAAAUCUCAUGCACCCACACAAUACCGAGAUGGACCUGAGUAUUGCAUCUGCACUUUAUUUUGCCGCACGCGGCUCUGGAACUCUGGCACGGCGCUCUAAUCCAAAGCCUAGGGCUUACACGACCUCGGCACGAGUUCUGCUCUCCGGAUUAGGUGCCGACGAGUUAUUUGCCGGCUACACUCGUCACGCUACAGCAUUCAAACGUGCCGGACAUGUCGGAUUGCUAGACGAAAUUGAGCUUGAUGUUGGUAGGCUCGGGAAACGUAACCUUGGACGCGACGAUCGCGUGAUCAGCCAUUGGGGACGGGAAGCUCGGUUUCCAUUCCUGGAUGAAGAGCUAGUUGCGUGGGCUUUAUCCGUCCCACUGACCGAGAAAUGCGAUUUUGGCGCUGAAGACACAGAAGUAGAGAACGAUGAUGACAGUCGGAGACUAGAAUCUGGCAAGAAAGUUCUCCGUUGCUUGGCUUGGAGACUUGGUCUAAAAGCCGCCGCUGCUGAGAAAAAGCGGGCAAUACAAUUCGGGGCCCGAACCGCGAAGAUGGAAACUGGACGAACGAAAGGCACGCAAGUUUUGUCGUGAUUGUUGUUACAGUAAGUUCAAUCGUAUUUCUUCACUCAUCAUUGCACGUCCGUGAUUACGAAGUGGAUUGUUACGAUCACUUUACAGAUACUUGGGAGAUGCGAUGGAUCCAGCACGCCUUCGAGGAGAGUUGUUGGGCGCUUUAGAGCAUCGUUGACCUUCAAUACAAGGCAAGUCUGAGGCCUGGCAGAAUAGACAACUUCUCACAAUCAAAAAAAUUGUUUGCAGCACCAAUUUCUGAUCACGUACAUAGGAAAUUUGGCUACUAUG